CCUACAUAUCACCCGGCACGAUGACCUUUCGGCAAGAUCACCUGCAUCUACCAGCAUGUCGAGGACGCUCCUCCCCUUAGCCUAAUGAUUCAGUCUUUCGAGGAGUUACAAAAGUUGCUGCGGUCUCACACCUCCGAUCCCCGCAGCGAUUCUCUUCGAUACUCAAAGAUACGGCCCCGAGAUGGAACAAUAGGCUAUUAUUAUCCACGCGAGGACGUGUAGAUAACACCAUUGGUCAACUGAGCCAUAUCAAAGUCCACAGCUCUCAGAAAAAGAUACAUUUCCUUGUUCUUGCCUUCUCUCGUUCCAUCCUCUCUUAGUAUUAUUCUUCUACACGUCAAGAUGGUGUCUCUCAAGAUCCCAGAGACCCAAAAAGCGGCCCAAUACCACCGGAGCGACAACGCAAUUCACGUCAACGAGAUUCCGGUCCCGAAGCCUUUGUCGACAGAUCUCCUGGUCAAGACGAUAUGCAGCAGCCUCUGCCGCUCCGACCUCAUGAACUUCGAGCCCAACGACAUCGGUCUAAAGCUGGAGUCUGACGUCCCCGUAACCCUCGGUCAUGAAGCAGCGGGCGUGAUCGUCAGCGUAGGAUCCGAGUGCAAAGGCUUUAAGAUCGGCGACGAGGUCGGCUUUCUGCCUGCCACGAACUGCUGUUAUGAGUGUGAAGGCUGUCAGAUUCACCAGAUGUGGUGCGAGAAGGGGUGCAAGAUGCCCGGGCACGCCGCGGACGGGUUCUUCCAGGAGUACAUCGCUGUGGAUUGGCGGAAUGCGAUUGUGCUGCCACCAGAGCUGAGGGCGGUGGAGGCGGCACCGUUAUUCUGUGCGGGGGUGACGAGUUAUCAUGGCAUCGAUGAUUGUAGGUUGGCCGGGUUGAAGGAAGGAGAGUGGAUGGCCAUUAUUGGGGUUGGAGGACUGGGUCACCUAGGUGUUCAAUACGCCCGCGCCAUGGGCUUCAAGAUCAUCGCCCUAGAUAUCAACGAUAUACAACUCGAGGAAGCAAAAGAGUGUGGCACUGACUACGCUAUCAACACUCGCAGGGACAAGGACUACGCGAAGAAGGUAAAAGAAAUCACGAAAGGCGGCUGCCAUGCCGUCGUAAAUUACACAAACUCGAAAGCGGCGUACGAAAGCGCUACCGAUUUACUGAGGAUCAACGGCAUUCUCAUGGUGGUUGGAUUACCACAGGAGCCGUUAUCAUUCAAUUCGAUGUUCCUUGCCCUGAGGAAAUUUAGGGUCGUAGGCAGCUCGAACAAGAUCCCAAGACUGCUUCCGGAAUUCGUGGACUUCUCAGUGAAGCAUGGCAUCAAAUCCAAGAUAGCCUACUAUAAAUUAGAGGAAAUCAACGAGAUGAUUGAUCUAAUGAAGGAAGGAAAGUUUCGAGGAAGGGUUGCAGUCAAAUUCGAUUGAGCAAGGUAGAUUCAUUAGAGUCCCAAUAUACUAUAUAUUCAC